ACUGCUGGUUUGCCCUCCCGCCCGUGUUGGUCGGGUGGACUCCGGGUGGGGGAGGUCGGGGAGGGGGCGAUAAAAUGGCGCAGGGGGCGGAGUGAGGCGCAGUCGUUCGCCCAGGCUUUGGCCCGGCUUCCGGAGGAAGGUGGGAGUCAAUCAUUUUGACAAGUCUCCUGAAAGGAACAGCUAGCAGGAGCUGAAACCUUUUUCCAUUUGGUCUCGUGGCAAAGGCAGAGAUUGCUCCAGCAGCUCCACACAAGAUGAUGUGCUCACUGGUGCCCUCUGAACAGUCUUCUGGUACCUCUCUCUUGCCUAAAGACAAUGCCCCAUUUUCUUGGGGUUCCCUGGAUGAGGAUGGAUUAGAUGACUCUUUGCUGGAACUGUCUGAAGGAGAAGAUGAUGACGGUGAUUUAAAUUACACAGAGGAAGAGAUUGAUGCACUCUUGAAGGAAGAUGACCCAUCAGAUGAGCAGUCUUCUGGGGAAGAUGAUGUUGGGCAUGUUGAGAAGGGAGAAAGAGGGAGUCAAAUUCUAGUUGAUUCUCUCCAAGAGAAGAAUUCAUCGUACAGCUUGGGACCAGUAGCUGAGACUCCUGACCUCUUCAAACUACCUCAGCUAAGUACAUCAGGUGGUCAUGGACCAGCUCCUACUAAACCAUUAAACAGACGGUCUGUAUUAGAAAAGAAUCUUAUAAAAGUGACUGUUGCACCAUUUAAUCCAACAGUUUGUGAUGCUUUGCUUGAUAAGGACGAGAUUGAUUCAUCCAAAGAUACUGAAAAACUCUCUUCCCUUGGAGAAGAGAUGAGAGAAGAUGGUCUUACUCCAAAUGAAAGCAAACUUUGUACUGAAUCUGAAGGGAUCGGCCCCAAUAAUUCUGCCUGGGAUGGGCCCCAGCUGUCUUCAAACAAUAACUUUCAACAAGCUGUCUCUGAUAAAAAUAUGGCUGACAGUAAGAACCUUACGUCUGUAUUCUCUCGGAUCUCAGACCAUUCAGAGACUCCUAAUACGGAGUCAUCCUGCAGAAAUGGUGGUUCACAUAAACCAAGUUGUGAAAUGAGGUCUCCGGUUGUUUCCAACUCAUCAAACAAACAGAAUGUUCUUGACAAGGAUUCUGGGAAGAUGAAAGGCCAUGAGAGAAGACUAGGCAAAGUCAUUCCUGUUCUACAAACCAAGACCAGGACUAAUGUUCCGACGUUUUCACAGUCAAAUCUAGAACAGCAGAAGGAGAUUUAUCUCAGGAGUGUCAUUGCUCAUAUAGAAGACCCAGAGGACUCUAACCAAGGUAUCUCCGGGGAGCUAUAUGCCUUGAUGGAUCAAGUUCAUCAUAUGCAACACUCAAAAUGGCAGCAUCCUUCAGACCUCACUACACGAAACUAUGCCCGCCGACAGAAACAUCUGCAAAGAUACAGUCUGACUCAGUGGGUUGACAGGAACAUGCGAAGCCACCAUCGGUUCCAACGUCUCCCAGACUUCUCAUACAGUUGAUUUGUCUCAACCCAUCAGCAAUGAAGGUCCCUAUCCAGGGUCCUGCUUGGAGCAGCAUUUCGUGUUCUUUUGCUGUUUUGUGCUUUGCAGAUUUUGAAUUUUAUUUUUCACAAGAUUUUUAUUUAAAAAACUCGUCACCUUUUGGAAAUGCCCAUUGCUAACUUGAAUUUUUUUGUAUGAAGUCCCUCCUGAUUUUGUGUGUGUGUGUGUGUAUAUAUAUGUGUGUCUGUGUGUUUAAGCAAGUGUUUGGUUGGUGUAGUUUUUUUGUUUUUUAAUUUAAAUUGAAGGUAGCUGCCUCCUGAAAGCCAGCAUUAAGCCAAAACACCCAGGCUGAAGCAAAAGACUCACCUCUCUGCAGAGGCAAAGUCUACUUCUGGUACCUAAAAGAAAUCAUUGUUCAAUCUCCCAUAAGGAAGAGAUUCUUUACCAGGCUGUGAGCCAGUAUUAGUUGACUUGUAAAUGGAUAUAAGUUACUCUUACUUUUUUAUUUGAAUCCUCUGAAUACCUGUCAGUAUUUUAAAGUUGGCAAUCCAGGACAUUAUAAGUGGGAUGGAGCAGGAGAAAAAUCCCUUUUGAAAGGACAAGUUAAAAUAGUAAACCCUCUUCUUUCUGUAUGUACUAGCUGCCUUGAUUUUUUUUGUUGUUGGGGGGGCAUUUUUUCUUUAUCAAACUUAUUUUGCACAAUAGUGUUUACAAAUCUUAUAUAUCUUUGACAGAAGACUCAAUGACUAAUACCUUGUAGUCUUGAGACUGAUUGUCUCCUUUGCCCUUCUUCAAGGAUUUUCCUUUUUCUUUUUACCCCCCAGUGACCACUCUACUUGUUAGGAUUCUAGUGGCAGUAUUCUUGUAUCCUGUUAGACAUGGAUGCACCUCUUCAGGAUGGCCUCCUUGCUCUCUUUAUUGAAGAGCUGCCCACCCAGAGUCUUGACUCUAGGGUAAGCCAGUGCUAUUGUGGUAUCAGUUGGUAUUUAGUUUUAUCUGCUAAACCCCAGCUUUAAGUAUGAGUGUUAGUUACGGAGCCUCCAUUCUCUGGGAGAGUGUGGAAUGGCACUCUUUUGUCUCUAUUAUCAGUUAAGAAGAGGUGUCUUUAGACCCUGUAUGUUACCAUUUCAUUUGGUCAAGCCCCUGAAAUGCUAAAGUACAUGUAAUAUAGUUGUGACUAAGCCUAUGCACAAAAGCAUUACCUGAUCUUAAGGUUUGGUAUUCUAACCAAAGUUGACGGAGUAUGCAUCUGUCUUUUUUUUUUUUUUUUUUUUUAAACAGAGUUUUACUCUUGUCACCCAGCUAGAGUGCAAUGGUGCAGUCUCAACUCACUGCAACCUCUGCCUCCUGGGUUCAAGCAAUUCUCCUGCCUCAGCCUCCCAAGUAGCUGGGAUUACAGGUACCUGCCACCAUGCCUAGCUAGUUUUUGUAUUUUUAGAAGAGAUGGGAUUUCAUCAUGUUGGCCAGGCUGGUCUCAAACUCCUGAACUCAUGUGAUCCACCCGCCUCAGCCUCCCAAAGUGCUGGGAUUACAGGCAUGAACCACCACGCUCAGCUGCAUCUGUCUUAAUGGAUGUCUUAGGAAUUGGUUAUUUUCUCUUUAUACAUAGCUCUAGACAUCAUUUUGGGAAGUUUUUGCAGUCUGGCAUUUGUGAUGUUGUUCUCUGUGAAGGUUGUUCAUAGAUGCUAUAGACUCUGGUUUUGUGAUUUCAUCAAUCCCAUCUUUGUAUGUGAGUAACACAUUCAAAACAUCAUACCCCACUUUAGAAACUGACUUGGGAAAAGCUUGGUCAUUUAAGCCAACAAUAAAUUUGGGUGAAUGUCCCUAAGUGUUUACUGUUUUUAUCCAGUCAAGGAUUUGCUUUUCCUUGAACAUUUGGUUUAAAUUUGGUUAAAUGCAAAGAAGUUCUCUUCAAAGACAGUAGUCAAAAAUCUAUUAUUUUAGUUAGCCUACUUGGCAUUUACUACAUUGGUCACUUCUCCAGGUCGCCCUAAAUUAGCUUGGUGGAGUGAAACAUGGGACAUGGCAAACAUCUACCUUUGGGACCAUAGCAUAGUUAAAAUUAAAUGUAGUUGGAAUAGCUAGCAUUGCAGCUGUCUAGUUUCCUUCAGAAAACCCAAGGAGUGAAGGGACAGCAUUUUGCUUGGGCAAAAAUCUGAGACUCAUGUUCUUGCCCUCCUGGUACAUGGGGUUUUAAGACUGAAUGUGUAAUAGGAGCACUGCUUUUGCCAAAUCAAAUGAGUGACAAGUUAACUAGAAAAUGUGACAAUCACAUUUCCUCUUAGCUCAAAUAAUUCUGUUUUUCCAAAGCUUUAGCAGCUUAAUUAAAUCUGUUGGACUGGGGGAGGAGAGAGCUGUUAUCUAGUGGUUAACAUGGUAUUCUUUAAGAAGAAAAAACCAAGCCAAAGAAAACUCAUUAUCUGGCAUGUUCGCCUUAAAGAUGGUAGUGGGUAGAAUCUGGAGUCUUAAUCUCUUUUCAAAGCUGCAUAUCUCUUAUAUUUGGUGUUGGCCUCUAAGUCUAGUAUUUCAUAUGGAAUUCUGGCUGUAUUUUUUUUAAGUAAGUAUUAUGUGCAUUUAACUGCUUUCUUCAUCGAUGACAUUCCCACACAUGGGUCUUGACAAAGCAGAGUAAAAAUAUGCUGUUUACAUUGUUUACUUCCAAGUAAGGAGCCUGAAAUAACCUGUAGUUUCUAAUGCAGGCCCUGAUUUACUUGCGUUGUCAGUUUCAGUUAUAAAACUGAAGUUUGGUGCCUCCUCUUUAUCAUGUUUUUUCCCUUAUAGCAGUUGUGUUUAAUGUCAUUAAAAAGAAAUAAAAGUUCUUGUCAGUGA